UGUCAUGUGAUAGAGAGCAGCUGACAUAAAGAUUUUACCUUUACAGAGCUUUUAUUUUCGCUGUCACUUUGCUGUCCUGAAAAUCCGAAAAACUCCACAGAAAAGAUGGCUCUGCACUCCGCAAUCAAGGGAAAAUUGAUCAGCGUGAUCGGUGAUGAGGACACUUGCGUGGGCUUCCUCUUGGGUGGCGUCGGAGAGAUCAAUAAGAACCGUCACCCCAACUUUAUGGUCGUGGACAAAAACACUGCCGUGAGCGAGAUUGAGGACUGUUUCAAGCGUUUCCUUAAGCGCGACGACAUCGACAUCAUCCUAAUCAAUCAGAACUGCGCCGAGCUUAUCCGCCAUGUGAUCGACGCCCAUACUUCUCCAGUUCCUGCCGUACUGGAGAUUCCCUCCAAGGAUCACCCAUACGACGCCAGCAAGGACUCCAUCCUGAGGCGUGCCCGUGGCAUGUUCAACCCGGAGGAUCUGGUGCGCUAAUUUGGAGAUUCCCAUUUAGCCAUCAGCUGCCACCGUCAGAGUAUUGCUUUCCAUGUUAAUUCCCCCAAUGUAUCUAUAGAUUCAAUGCUUUGGUUUUGUUCUAAUUGUGUAUUUAAAAACAUAUAUUGAAUGGUUUUUGUUGAAUAAAUAUAGUUUAAAUAAUGAA